GGUUCCGAGAGGACUAUAUGUUGUUUGUGUACGGAUUCGUAGCUUGGGUCGUGAGCGUAAGAUCCUUAUUUCAUUUCGGACUUGGACACAUCUUGAUGUGUGUUCCCCUUUAAGCCUAAAGAUGAUUAAAGCUGUCGAAAACCUUGACGAAAACAUUGACCGAGAGAGCAAAGACCAUAUGCACUUGCAAUUUGAAAAAAAUGAAGAUUUAAACGCUGAGGACAAUAUUAAUGAUAUAGAUAACGUUAUUAGUGCCUGGGAUAAUUUAGACUCUUUGAAUUCAAAUCAUGCUUCAAUUGUUCAAAGCCAACCGAAUCAAACUCCCAUCGCAAAAGUAAGAAGUUUUCCAAAAUCACAUAUUUGCGUCCUUUGUGACAAAAAUUUCACUAGAAGACCAGACUUGGACCGACAUGUGCGAAAUGUGCAUAUACUGAAAACUGGUACUCAUGAAUGCUUUAUCUGCGAUAAGAGGUUCAAGGAAAGGGCCCAUCUAAAACGCCAUGUGGAGAGUGUUCAUGGUGAGACUUUGCCCACACCAUUUACUUGCGGUUUAUGCCAGGAAGCUUUCACCACAGACAGAUUAUUGCAGUUACACAUGAAAAUCCACACCUCUGCCACGCCAUUUAAAUGUGAAAUUUGUUCCAAGUCUUUUGUUGCCAAGAGAAAUUUAGCAAUGCACGUAUCAGCGGUUCAUUUGAACGAAAGACCAUUCGAAUGUGAGCAGUGCCAGAAAAAGUUCUCACGUAAAGGUCAUCUUGAACGUCAUAUGAUGAGUCAUAGAAAUGAAAAGCCACAUCUAUGCGACGUCUGCGGCCAAGCUUUUUUAACGGCGGGCAAUCGUAAAGCUCACGUCAAACGGGUUCAUUUGAAAGAGAGAAGCUAUGAGUGUGGAAUUUGUAGUAAAAAUUAUUUCUGUUCGAAAAUGCUUAAGUAUCAUUUGAAAACUCACACAGGUGAGAAGAAUUACGAGUGUGAAACGUGUGGAAAACAAUUCAUUGUUUUAAAAUCCUUGGAAAAUCAUCGUCAACUCCAUUCUGGUCUUCGACCUUUUGCCUGCGACAAAUGCGACAAAACAUAUGUGGUUGCUUCUCAUCUCAAACGGCAUCAAAAGGAAGGAAGAUGUGUGAUUAAUGUUUUUAAGAAACAAAAACAAUGAAAGUUUUAAAUCAGCAUUUAAAAUUGUAUGCCUUUUAAUUUUAACUU